UCGCUGUUGUCAGAUGUCGGACAUCAGUUCUGUCCCCAGGGCUGAAAGCUGAUAGUCUCAACUGAAGAAUGUGACUUUUCAAAGAGGUUCAACUCGACAUGUCGGUGCAACUCUCUAAAAAACACUAGUUACAAGCAAAAUGUACUUCUGCCCUACAUAUGUUUUUGAAUGGUAUUUUUUGUUUUUUAUUGUUCACUGUAAACUGGCAUCUUGUGAACAUUGAGCUUUAACUCUGACCCUAAGUAAAGAGAAAUAAAGACAGUGGUAUAUUUUGCUGUAGGGCAUUCAUGAAUGACUGGGACUGACUUCGUCUCCAUGGUAACCAUAUGGGGUGGGGUCCUGGAAUUGUAUAAGAACCAUGUGUGAGGUAAAGAGGUGACUAGUGCACUAACAUCUCUGUUGAAGCUCAACUGGUCUUGUGUCUAACUUCUCCCCUCAGAUUAGUUUCUGCUUCAAUAAUGGCGGACCCUGUGGAGAAUCUAAGACAAAAGCUUGUUCAAAAGGGCGAAAGCAGCAUUAUUGACUUGGGCAGAAUCUUCAGGGAAAUGGCUAUAAAGGACAAGCGGAGGGGCGUGAGCUUUGAAGACUUUCAAAGCGGCUUGACCUCAUACGAAAUCAAUCUGGAGAAGGAGGAGGCCGAAGCCGUGUAUAAAGUGAUAGACAAAGAUGGAAGUGGGAGUGUUGACAUUACUGAAUUUAUCAAAGCUCUAAGGCCACCCAUAUCGGAGGCCAGAAAAGGAGCGGUCGUCAAUGCGUUUAAGAGGGUUGAUAAAGGAGGAGAUGGAGAGAUCACUAUAGAGGAUGUCAAAGACCACUACAACGCCAAGAUGCACCCUAUGGUUCGCCGUAAAAUGUGGACUGAGGAGCGGGCUCAACUCUGCUAUCUGAAAAUGUUUGAGAACCCUAAAGAUAAGGAUGGAAAGGUAACCCUGGAGGAGUUUCUAAACUUCUACUCUAAUGUGAGUGCAACCAUGGAGAAGGAUGAUGACUUUUUUGAAAUGCUAAACAAUGUGUGGAAGACCCAAAAAGGUGAGUAAAGGUGAGGAUACCAACCUUUUCUCUGAGGUCCACUGACAUCGACUUCUUGAAGAACUAUCACCAAAAUGCCUAAAUGUUUGAAGUGAUAUAAAUAUAUAUCAGAAAAAUAAAACCAGACGUUUGACGUA